AAGAAAGAAGUAAGCCACAUAAAUCUGACCAAGAACACAAACAUCUUAAUUCGAAUCCACAAAAUUUUGGAUAAUGAAAAGAAGUACAUAAUUUUAAUGCAACCCAAGUGUUUUCCAGGCAGAUUAUGUUUGCUUAAAUUGCAACAGUGAUUCAAGAGACAGUCCUAUUUGAGCAUACAGUUACUGUGGAUUUUUAAGAGACUGAGUUAAAGAAUUUAGGAAUUUCUGAUUCAUUUACAGGAUUUGCAAAUUCAUCAACCCCUGAAAACUAAAGCAAACUCAACAGGACAAAAAGAAACUAUGGGCUUUUUAAGUCCAGUAUGUAUCCUUUUCUUCUUUCUUGGAGGCAAAGUACAUUGUCAAUAUGAAAGUUAUCAAUGGGAUGAAGAUUACGACCAAGAGACAGAUGAUGUUUACCAACCAGAAUUCCAUUUUCAUCAAAAUGUGGACUAUCGAGUGCCUUUUCAUCCGCAUGCUUUAGGCUGUGCCAGUGAAUGCUUCUGUCCACCUAACUUUCCAUUAUCCAUGUACUGUGAUCAUCGCAAACUCCAGCGUAUCCCAAAUAUUCCAGCACACAUUCAGCAAGUCUAUCUACAGUUCAAUGAAAUUGAGGCUGUGACUGCAGACUCAUUUAUCAAUGCAACUCAUCUUAAAGAAAUCAAUCUCAGCCACAACAAAAUUAAAUCUCAAAAGAUUGAUCAUGGAGUGUUUGCUAAAUUGUCAAAUCUACUACAACUUCAACUACAGCAUAACAACUUAGAAGAAUUUCCAUUUCCUCUUCCUAAAUCUUUGGAAAGACUUCUUCUUGGUUACAAUGUGAUCUCCAGACUGCAGACAAAUGCCGUGAAUGGACUAGUAAACUUGACCAUGCUUGAUCUCUGUUAUAAUCAUCUUGAUGAUUCUAUGUUACAAGAAAAUCACCUAGCCAAAAUGGAAAAAUUGAUGCAGCUCAACCUAUGUCAUAAUAGAUUAGAAUCAAUGCCUCCUGGUUUGCCUUCUUCACUUAUGUAUCUAUCUUUAGAAAAUAAUUCAAUUUCUUCUAUACCAGAAGGUUACUUCAAUGAACUUCCGAAACUUCAUGCUCUAAGAAUGUCCCACAACAAACUACAAGACAUCCCAUAUAAUAUUUUUAAUCUUUCCAACCUUAUAGAGCUCAAUGUUGGACACAACAAACUGAAGCAAGCAUUCUAUAUUCCAAGAAAUUUAGAACACCUAUACCUAGAAAAUAAUGAAAUUGAAAAUAUCAAUGUUACAGUGAUGUGUCCAUCUGUUGACCCACUAUAUUACCACCAUUUAACAUACAUUCGUGUGGACCAAAACAAGUUAAAAGAGCCAAUAAGCUCAUACAUUUCCCUCUGCUUCCCUCAUAUACAUAGUAUUUAUUAUGGUGAACAAAGAAGCACUAAUGGUCAAACAAUACAACUGAAGACCCAAGUUUUAGGGAGAUUUCAAGAUGACCCUGAUAGUGAAGAACAUGAUGAUCACCAAGAAGAAUCAGAACAAGAAGGAACAGAAGAAAAUGUUGACCCUCACUAUUAUGGAAGUCAAGAAUGGCAAGAAACUAUAUAGGUGUACAUUUAUGGCUUCACAAAACUUACAGCGCAUGAUAAUAGAUGAAGAAUUAUGUGUUAGUAUAAAAUCGAAUACUUAAAUUUAAGGUAUUGGUAUACCAUCUGCAUAAUUACAUCGGAUUAGAAUUUACUCAAAAUGAUACAAGCCUUAAGAUAUGUAAAUUAGAAUAACAAGUAGAAAUCAAAAACUAAACUUUAAACAUAAAAAUUUUAUGUUGAGAAAAAGUGAGUAUGUCCUUUCUAUUAAUAGUAAUUUUUCUAAGAAUGAUGAAAGAAGUAGCAUCAAAAGCUUUGAAUUACUAGGAGGAUUAUUUAAAUGCAAACAGGUUACAUUCCUGUAAUAGGCAGCCAUUCACUUAAGGAAUACAUUUUUUUUUUUUACCUGAUCUCCAGAAAAGUCUAUCUGGAUUGUAUUACCAUCACCGAAUCCACCCCUUGGCCCUACCACUUAGUACUUAAGAUGAUACUUCUGAUUGUCAAAAGAUGCCACCCUACUAAGGACCCAGGCAAAGAGAUUCAUAAAAUAAAUGAAUCCUAUUUUUCCCUUAGAGCUUCAAAGCCACAAAAUUUUAAACUCUGUGUUUGGAUAACUAAAAAACACCAAAUUAUCUCAUUACAAUCUGUAUUUAGCAAAUUUUAGAAAAUUCCAAAACAGUCUUUACUGUGUUCAUUUUAACUGGAAUAAAUGUUUUAUAGUAAACUAAAGGCCCAGUGCACAAAAUUCAUGCAGGGGAGGGGGCAGGUCCCCUCAGCCUGGAUUGCGAGAGGCCGCAGGCCAGGCCAAGGGACCCCACCGUGCACAAUCAGGGCCAGGAGGAACAAGGGAGGCUGGCCAGCUGGGGAGGGACUGCAGGAGGGCUCUAGGGCAUGUCCAGCCCAUCUCACUCAGGACCGCAGCAGCAAGCUAACCUACAGGUCAGAGCAUAUGUCCCCUGGUGGUCAGUGCACAUCAUAGCAAGUGGUUGAGCCGCUUUAGCAAACCAUUAGCAUAUUACGCUUUAAUUGGUUGAACAGACGACCUGACAACCAGACACUUAGCAUAUUAGGCUUUUAUAUAGGAGGAUGCACUCAAGAAAGAUUUCUUUGUUUUAAUUACAUAAAGAUUUGCUAAUAAAUAACUACUUUGUUCACAAGGUUAAUAUUAGCACAAGAAAGUAUAUCAACAUUGUUAAACACUUCUACUUUUCUAGCACAAUUAAUUAGGAAUUUAUAUGUGUAUUAGCCAAUGUUUAUUUACAUAAUGUUAAAGUUGAAUAAAGUUCCUUUAAAAUUUGAACAGAUGGGUUUUGACGGUCUUGUUAAAACCUUAAAAAUUACCUAUUACCUAUCAUUUUGAAAUAUUUCAACUAUACCUUAUAAUAGAGAUGAUCUACCUGCUUUCAUGAACUUUCUUGAUUUAUUAGGCUAACAUUGCAUAGAAUUCCUCAAAU